CCAAAAAAUUUCCCAUCCGCGGACGAUGUGCGUGUUUAUGACGUGCUUUCUUUUUACAUUUACAUUGUUAUACCGCCACUGGAGAAUGAUCUCAGUAAAGGAUUAAAUUACUUAUAAAUGCAGUAAUACAUUUGUAGGUACAAUUGGCAAUGCGGAAUUAACUGGUACUAGCAGGCUAGCUAGGCUAAGGAACGCUCCUUUAUUUUACUUUGUACUUAUAGUUUCUGUUGUGUGACAAGUCAACCAUUAUGUCUUUGAGCGCUGUUUGCGGGACCGUGUCGAGUCUGAAAACCUGUCAAGCAGACAUCGGUACAGGAAUGGACAUAGUCACUGAUGUGGCGAUGGACCUGGUGGAAGCUCAAGGUAAAGAAAUGAUCAGUGGGCUCCAAGAAAUGGAAGACAUGAUUCUGGAGUGUGCCAGGCUGGACAGGGAGAUUGACUGCUUUAUUGAAGUUGUGCAACAAGUCACAGACGAGGCGGGCUCAGAGCAACCAGAGGCAAUGUUUGGCCUGUCUGCCAAAGUGAAGGAGAAAUUCACAGAGAGAACAGCCAGACUCUCUGAUGCGACUCUGCACCAGCACCAGAAAGUAGUAGUCUUCAAGGACAGCAUAAAGAACAGCCUCAGUGCAGCCAAUCCAGAGUCAACAGGAACCACAGAGGAACUGGAUGAGGACCUUGUUGUUUCACAGAGUCAAGUCAACUACAACUGCCCUCUCACACAGCUGGAAAUGGAGAACCCAGUGAGGAACAAGAAAUGCAACCACCACUAUGAUGAAAAACCUAUUCUGAGUCUAAUCAAAACAAAACACAGCCAGAAAAAGAAAUGCCGCUGUCCUGUGGUGGGCUGUGGAAACUCUGAUGUCAAAGAAUCUGACCUCAUUCCUGACCAGGUGCUGAGGAGAAAGAUACAAAACCACAAAAGAAACAGUAACAGGACGUAGAGCUUUUAGCCACAACAUUGUUGUUUCCAUUUUAACCUUUGUUGAAAAGUGUUUACUAAAAUGUUCAUAUACUGUAUGUUUUUGACCUGUUUAAAUAAAGGAUUGACAUUGUAUUAGUA